AUGGAAAGCUUGAAGCUCUCCGUGCUCUGCCUCGUUCCGUCCCUCCUCCUUGCGGCCGUUGCCGUGGUCACCGGCGACGAGCUCUCCACGUUCAUCGUCCACGUGCACCCCCCGGAGAACCUCGCGCUCGCCACCGCCGACGACCGGAACGCGUGGUACCGGUCGUUCCUGCCCGAGGACGGCCGCCUCGUCCACACCUACCACCACGUCGCCAGCGGCUUCGCGGCCCGGCUGACGCGGCGGGAGCUCGACGCGCUGUCCGCGAUGCCCGGGUUCGUCGCCGCCGUGCCGGACCAGACGUACGAGCUGCACACGACGCACACGCCUCAGUUCCUAGGGCUGGACGCUCGGGAAGCCAAGAGGUCCUACCCCGACACCGAACGCGGCGCCGGCGUCAUCAUCGGCGUGCUCGACACCGGUAUCUUCCCGUCGCACCCCUCCUUCAGCGGCGACGGCAUGCCGCCGCCGCCGGCCAGGUGGAAGGGUCGGUGCGACUUCAAUGCCCGCCGGGUGUGCAACAACAAGCUCAUCGGCGCCCGCUCCUUCAUCUCCAGUUCCAACGCCACGAGCAACUCCUUGUCCAACGACUGGCGGGCGCCGCCGGUCGACGACGCCGGGCACGGCACGCACACUGCCAGCACGGCCGCGGGCGCCGUCGUGCCGGGCGCUGAGGUCCUUGGUCAGGGCAGGGGUGUCGCCACCGGGAUCGCGCCCCGCGCGCACGUCGCCAUGUACAAGGUGUGCACCGAGCUCGGCUGCGCCACCUCCGACGUACUCGCCGGCGUUGACGCCGCCGUGGCCGACGGCUGCGACAUCAUCUCCAUGUCUCUCGGUGGGAUCUCAACGCCGUUCUACCAAAACACCAUCGCCAUCGGGACGUUCGGCGCGAUCGAGAAGGGAGUCUUCGUCACCGUGUCCGCUGGCAACUCCGGCCCUGUCGCCAGCUCCGUGUCGAACGAGGCGCCAUGGAUGCUCACCGUCGCCGCGAGCACCAUGGACCGCUCGAUCCGUUCCACGGUCCGCUUGGGGAACGGCCUCUUCUUCCACGGCGAGUCGUUGUACCAGCCAGACGUCUCGGCACCCACCGUCUACCCGAUGGUCUACGCCGGCGCUAGCGGGAAGCCGUACGCCGAGUUCUGCGGCAACGGCUCGCUAGACGGCCUGGAUGUCAGGGGCAAGAUCGUGCUCUGCGAGAUUGGGAGCGAGCCGGGGCGCCUCAUCUCGAGGAUCAUGAAAGGCGCGGUGGUUCGAAGCGCCGGCGGCGCCGGCAUGAUAUUGCUGAACAAAUUCCCGCAAGGCUACAUCACGCUCGCCGAAGCACACGUCCUCCCGGCGUCGCACGUCGACUACGCCGCCGCCUCGGCCAUCAUGUCCUACCUUAACUCCACGGCGAACCCCACGGCACAGAUCCUCUUCCAGGGCACGAUCCUCGGCACGUCACCGGCUCCGUCGAUCGUCUCCUUCUCCUCUCGCGGGCCUAGCCUCCAGAACCCCGGCAUCCUGAAGCCCGACAUCACAGGACCCGGCGUGAACGUGCUCGCCGCGUGGCCGUUCCAGGUGGGUCCGCCGACAGCGUUUCCUCUGCCCGGGCCGACCUUCAACAUAAUCUCCGGCACGUCCAUGUCGGUGCCUCACCUUAGCGGCGUCGCAGCGCUCAUCAAGAGCAAACACCCUCACUGGUCGCCGGCCGCGAUCAAAUCGGCGAUCAUGACCACCGCCGACGUCACCGACCGCGCCGGCAACCCCAACCUCAACGAGCAGCGCCUGCCGGCCGACCUGUUCGCCACCGGCGCCGGUCAUGUUAACCCGGAGAAGGCCGCGGACCCCGGCCUGGUCUACGACAUCGCGGCCAGAGACUACAUCGGCUACCUCUGCGGCCUGUACAACAGCCAGAACGUCUCGGUGAUCGCGCGGCGGCCGGUCGACUGCUCAGCCGAAACGGUGAUCCCGGAGAGCAUGCUGAACUACCCGUCGAUCUCGGUCGCGUUCCAGCAGAUGUGGAACUGGAGCACGCCCGUGGUCGUUGAGCGCACGGUGAAGAACGUCGGGAAGGUACCGUCGGUGUACUACGCGGCGGUCGACGUGUUUGACGAUGAUGUGACCGUCGGCGUGUACCCGCGCGAAUUGGUGUUCAAGCAGGUGGGCCAGGAGCAUAGCUUCGAAGUGAUCGUGUGGCCGAAGCAGAAUGGUGCUUCGCUGGUGCAAGGCGCGCUCCGGUGGGUGUCAGACACGCACACCGUCAGGAGCCCCAUCUCCAUUUCGUUUGCUUGA